CAAAGUCAGAAGUCAAAAUCUAACAAUAACACAUGUUACUUUUUUUCAAACAAAACAUUCAAAUACAAUGAAACUACAACCAAAUUACACUCUUUCUUUCUCUCCCUCUUUCUCACCAAUUUCCAUUUCAAAAUCUCACUUUACUAUAUAUAUUCACAUACAACUAACAACAUAACCAUCUCAAUUCUUUCACAACAAACCCAACCAAAACAUAACUCAAUACAUAACAAUAUAUCUUUUUUCGUAAACAACAACGUUAAAUUUUCUACUAUGGGUUUAACUUCACGUACACUAGAAAUCACGGUUAUAUCAGGUGAAAACAUUCAGGUAUCAGAGGAUGCAUAUGUUGUCGUUCGAGGCGAGUCUCUUGAUUGUUACACAACAAAAACUGUGAAAGAUAACAACUCUAGUUUCCUUUCAUGGAAUGAGAAGUUUUUGUUGGACAUGCCAUUGCAUGCAAGGUCAAUCACGUUUGAAGUGCAAUGCAAGAAAUUCAAAGGUGUUCACCCUAUUGGAGUGGCAAGAAUCGCGGUUGCGGAUUUUCUUGAUGGUGGUGAAUCGGAAAGUUGUAUGCAAGUUUUGAGCUAUAGAUUGAGGGAUUGGGAAGGGAGAAAAAAUGGAGUUAUUCAUUUUGGGGUGAAGGUGGUUGUGCCGGAGAAAAGAUUGGUUACGGUGGCGGAGAAGGAGGUCGUGGUGAGUGGGAAGAAAUGCGGUGAUAGUUUAGCUGAAAUGGAUUAUGGUGGCAAGAAUUCUAAUGGUGUUGUUGUUGGUAUUCCGUUUUGGUGGAACUACCCUAACAUUAUUUAAAGAUUUUAAUUUUAAAUUAUUUUAUUUUUAUGUAUGUUUCUUAAAGGAAGUCAAUUUUAAUGCAAGUCUUUUUUUAAAAUUGUAAUUUUUAUGCCCAUUUGUAGAGAUUCAAGAUUCAAUUUGGGAAUAUUUUUUUUUAAAUUGAGAUUAAUUUAAGAGGUUAAAAUUUGAUAUUUUAAAAUAUUUGUGCUAAAGUGGAUAGGUUGAUUAGUGGCAGGCAU